CGCUCAACUAGUAUAUUUUAGUUGACUGGUUCUAUUUGAAAGAUUAGCCCGUGUGCAAGGCGGUUAGGAUGGAUUUUAAAAUGCACGAAUAUACUCACGCCGUGGUAGGACGUGUGACGCCGGCACUGCCCGCCACUGACCGGGCCUACUUGAAUGAUGCGAGGCGCCAACACGAAUGCUACCUGCGUCUCCUUAGCGAGCUGAAUGUGGAAGUGAAAGAAGUCGACCUGCCAGAAUCCUUCCCGCAUAAUGUGUUCAUUGAAGAUGUGGCUGUAGUUUGCCAUGGAAUAGCUUUAAUGCCAAAAGGACUGACCACUGCUGAGCAAGUUAAAGCUAAGGCGGUGAGACGAGUCUUGGAAAAAGAACUGAAUCACACAAUCAUCGAGUUGACAGACCCGGAAGCUAGAAUUGUUGGCUCUGAUGUACUUUUCACAGGUCGUGAGUUCUUCGUGGGCAUUACAGAGGCCAGUAACGAGGCCGGCGCUCUCGCUGUCGCAGAGGCUUUCCCGGAGUUUCCCUGUACCCCGAUUAAGGUAACAAAGGGAGCGCAUCACCUUAAAAAGUACGUGACGGUAGCAGGCCCCGAUAUACUCUGCGUCGGUAAUAGCAAGGAGGCCAAAGAGCUCCUCAAGCGGAUGGAAAGAGAGGCCAAUUUUGCUUAUCAAACACUGACGGUGCCUGAGGACGACGCCGCUAAUUGCCUUUACGUGAAUGGUACGCUCAUUCACAGGGCAAUUGAAGAAAUCCCCGAGUCUUUCAAGGUGUUUUGUGAAAGAAUUGACUUCGCUCGCAGAUCCAUCUGUUUCUCUGAAUUGGCCAAAAUCUCCACCGGACUCAGUUCCUGCAGCUUGCUCGUGAGGAAGAUAUAAUCGGCCGCAGCACUGUUACAAGUAAUUUAAAACCAUUUUACCUGAGCAGAGCCGGAGUACAUUGUGCAUACCUAGCUAGUAUGUAAUUACUAUUCUAUUUAACCAUGAUAACCAAGUCCCUGUCUCAAGUUACAAUUUUACAGUGGACCGUGUAGCUGGUUUAUUUGUAAAAUUGUGAUUUAUUAAUAUAAAUAAGUGAUCGGGAUCAGUCGGAAGGCGGAAUACCUCUUAGCUGGCGUAGCGUAAACUACCAAGUGAAAACUAAAAUUUGGUAUAGAGACCGUGCGUGUUGGAGGGUCUGCCAUCUCGUGACCUGAAUCGGAAGCGAAAACAAUUCACGCUUCUAAGCAGGUGCUGCCCCGUACACUUCACACGCUGGCUCUAUUUCGCAUAGUAUGGUCUGCCAUCUAGUGGCUUAAAUCUAAAAAUGGAAACUUGACAUAAUGCUUCGCACCUAUGAAUAGGGGGCUUCUGUGCUGCCGUCUACAGUAAUGUUCAUGCACGCCCCCUAUUGGCACGCAGCCGCCACUCCCAUUUCUAUAGUUUUGACAUUACAUUAUAAUUAACUAUGUAUAUCCUAGUUCACACAGUGAAACUCUGUGAACUGUGUAAUAUGGGUAAAUGUAUAAUAAAACGUAUAAUUUAUUGUCCCAAUGUAAUGUUUAGCAUAAUUAUCUUUUAGUAAAAUCGUUAUUUUACAAAUACCUACUGUAAAUUAACUGACGACGUUAUUAUAACGCUUCUAUUUACCCCACUAAAAAUUAUUGCAAUGUCAUUUUAAGCUAGGAAAAAUAAUGCAAAAUUAAUAUAGUUACUGAACCAUUCAUUAGGACUAAUAAAUUUGCGUAAAGGUACACCCUGUUUCAAUAUCUGUCACAAAUAUGAACGCCGUGCUCUGCGUCCAAUAAUAAGUGUUCAAUAUUUUAAUAAUACCUUCUUUAUAUAAUUCAUUGAGUCUGCAUCUGAAUUUUAGUAGGAACGAGUAACUACUGUAUACUUAUGGCGUUAUUCAUAAACGCGUUACCGGUCUGAAUUAGCUAUGAAUCGUUUGUCUUUAUCUGUCAUUUUGACUUAUGUAUUUGUAAGAAAGGAAUAAAACAUAAUUUAUCUAAAUCAGGCCCGUAAAAUUAUUUGAAUAAGGAUGUUAGUUUCCAUACAGAGUUCUGAUUCAUCUGCAUUAUAUAGGUUGUAGCACUUUACGUCUAUGGCCAAAGAUUCCAUGAUUGAAUAAGAUGUGUAACGAACUCACUAAGAGUUUUGAUCACCGACGCGGAACCUAAACUUUCAUUUCAUAUCAUUUAUUAAUUCUAAAAUCAUUACCAAAAAAAGAAAAUAUCGUUGCAAAAAAGAUUACCUGUCUUCGCUUUUUACUUGUCAUUGGUUAGUGUUAUUCUUUUCCGUAUCUUGUCCAGUGGGCCCUCGCCGAACCCUAAAAAUUAGAAUUAGAUUUAUAUGUAAAUACUUCUCUUUGCUACUCGCAUAUGACUAUAUUGCCGCCUCAUACGUGUAGAAUUUGGACUGGGUGUGACAGCAAUACGAUUGCGCGUGAGUGACAAAGACAAUAUCGGUGACAGCUCUUUAUAAAAACCAAUUAAGUUUAUUUGUAUUUCGUAUUUAAGAGCCC